AUGUCUGCCUCGUCUUCCCCAUCUCUCGGCGACUUCAUCAACGGCGUCGAGAAGCUGGACUCGAAGGGAAAGAACUGGAUUGUCUUCGAACAACAGUUCACGGUUGCCGCUCGCCAGAAGGAGGUCUGGGACCACUUCACCGGCAAGUCGACCCGUCCCACGCCUGAUGAAGCGAAGCCUCCCGUUGUCGACGAAGCUGCCGUCGCCGCCUGGGAAAAGAAGGAGAACCUCGCUUUGUAUCUUCUCAUGCUCAAGAUCGCGCCGGUCACAUACGCGAAGCACAAGCGCAAAGGCACCGUAGCCAAGAUCUGGGCUGCGAUCGUGGCCGAGUUCUCGAGCAAGUCACUUCUCGCCCGCUCGAAUCUC